UUUAACUAGAGUUAAAACAUAAUUUUGUGUUGCAGUUUCUCUAUAAAACGCGCAUUAGGUACAAUUAAUGUAGAUUUCAGUGUAAAACAUACAGAAAGUGCAAUGCUUGACUUAAAUUAAUUGUAGUUUUACUGUAAAUUGUGCAGUGACUGCAGUAUUUUUGACUUUAAUUAAUGCAGAUUUCAGUGUAAAAUGUGCCACGAGUGCAGAGCUCGACUGUGAUUAACUAAAGUUUGUGCAUAAAACCUGCAGCAGGUGCAGUGACUUUAACUAAUGGAAGCUGCUGUGUAAAACGUGUUUGACUAUAACUAAUAGAUGCUUUACUAUAGAACCUACAGUGGGUGCAGUCUUUGACUUUAAUCAGUGUAGAUUUCAGUGUAAAACGUGCAGUAGAAGCAGUGUUUGACUUCAGUUCAUUGCAGUUUCACUGUGAAACAUGCAGUCACUACAGUAUUGGAUUUUGAUUGAUUUGAUUGAUGUCGAUUUCAGAAUAAAGCAUGCAGUGGGUGCAGUGUUUGACUUUAAUUAGUUCAGAUUUCAGUGUAGAAUGUGCAGUGUGUGACUAUAAUUAAUGCAGAUUUCAGUAUAAAACAUGCAGUAGAUGCAAUGUUUGACUUUAAUGUAGAUUUCAGUCCAAAACGUGCAGUGUCUGACUAUAAUUACUGGAAGUUGCUGUAUAAAAAUGCAGUGGGUGCAGUGUUUGACUCUAAUUAGUAGAUGUUUUACUAUAAAACCUACAGUAGGUGCACUAUUAGACUUUAAUUGAUGUAUAUUUCAGUGUAAAUCAUGCAGUUGUUGCAGUGUUUGGUUGUAAUUAAUGGAAGUUGCUGUAUAAACCAUACAGUACAUGCAGUGUUUGACUAUAAUUAAUGCAGAUUUCAGUAUAAAUCGUGCAGUGGAUGCAGUGUUUGACUAUAAUUAACGCAGAUUUCAGUGUAAAACGUGCAUAUUUGACUGUAAUUAAUGGAAGUUGCUGUGUGAAGCGUGCAGUGGGUGCAGUCAGUGUUGUGCUCAGCUGUCAGAGGACAGAUUUAGCUGCUGUUUCGCCUCCUGCUGCUCCUCCUCCCUCCAACAUUCCACACAUGCGGAGAAGCAACAAGCUACCGAAGCAGCAGCAGCAACAGCUAGCAGCAGCAGCUAACCGUCCGAAAGGGGACGAGGCGUUUUAACAUGCAAAAGUUUACAAACACCGAUUCCUUGCCUUGACCGGACACCGAAUCGACGCCUGGCGACACCCGACGCGGCUGCGGAAGCCAUGGGUCCCGGCUGGCUUCAUUAAAACCUACUUAUUCGCGUUAUUCGGAGCUUCAAAUGUGCGAAAAGUCGCUCGGUGUGUCCUCGUCGUUGAACAAGAUGGCAGCAGCGGCGGCGGUGGCAGUAGCACCGGAGCAGGGUUUCACCGUGGAGCGGGUCCUCGUCGCUAGCCGGUUCUCUGAUGCUCUGGGUGGAACUAUUUACUGGUCUUAUUGAAGGUAUGGCCUCACAGGUCUUGGUCUACCCAUCACACCUGCACUCAGCUCAGAAAAGUGCCUUAGGAACCAGCAGCAGCGGUACCAGCAGACUCUCGGGUGAAGCCCACCGCAGCAGCAGCAGCAGAGCCUUUCAGCAACGACCGCCGCCCAAGACCUAUGUGAUCGGCGUCAACUACGGUAUCGCCUACCCCAACAACGUCAUCCCGUCCUCAGCCGACCCGGGAAGACUCGCAGAGAGGGACGAGAGCUGGACGGGCCCGGGAGAGGCCGGCGUCCAGGAGCAGCUUGGCCAGAGCCGAGGCCCACAGGAGGUGAGGCUUCGUAGGGACAGUGGUGGAACUCCAGCAGGCGGAGGUCUGGACUGCGGGCUGCUGAGGAGGGCCUGCAUACGAGCCGAGGAGGACGAGAGGGCGAGGAGGCGGGCCAGAGGAGGGUACGUCGGCCUUCUGGACGCCGGCUCCACCCAGAGAUGUGAGCAGAAGACGGGCGACGGCGGAGAACGAGCGCAGGAGAACAGCCGUGUGGGAGCCAUGCAGAUAGUGGAGGAGGCAUCUGCUCUGCCUUCGCUUCCUCCACCUGUGGCCAUGUUGCAAACCAGCGCCGGGAACAAUGCAGACCCUGUGAGGGGAGGCGGAGGGACGCUUCCCGCUCAGAGCAACAGGGCCGAGGCGGUCAGGCCGGACGGGACCGAGAUCGGACGCAGCGGAGAGACGACGACAACGACGACGACGGCCGGAGCCCCGGUGACGAGAACCGGGUCGGUGGACGGAGAUUAUCAGCUGGUGCAGCACGAGGUCCUCUGCUCCCUGAAGAACAGCUACGAGGUUCUGGAGUUCCUGGGCCGAGGCACCUUCGGACAGGUGGUGAAGUGCUGGAAGAGGGGCACGAACGAGGUGGUGGCGGUGAAAAUACUGAAGAACCACCCGUCCUACGCACGUCAGGGGCAGAUCGAGGUGGAGAUUCUGGCCCGGUUGAGCAGCGAGAACGCCGAGGAGCACAACGUGGUUCGAGCUCUGGAGUGUUUCCAGCACCGCAGCCACACCUGCCUGGUGUUUGAGAUGCUGGAGCAGAACCUCUACGACUUCCUGAAGCAGAACAAGUUCAGCCCGCUGCCGCUCAAAAUCAUCAGACCCAUUCUGCUACAGGUGGCGACGGCUCUGAAGAAGCUCAAGUCUCUGGGUCUGAUCCACGCCGACCUGAAGCCGGAGAACAUCAUGCUGGUGGACCCCUCCAGGCAGCCCUACAGGGUCAAAGUGAUCGACUUCGGCUCGGCCAGCCACGUCUCCAAGGCCGUCUGCUCCACGUACCUGCAGUCCCGAUACUACAGGGCUCCGGAGAUUAUUUUGGGCCUGCCGUUUUGCGAGGCCAUCGACAUGUGGUCGCUGGGCUGUGUGAUAGCCGAGCUCUUCUUGGGCUGGCCUCUUUACCCCGGAGCGCUGGAGUACGACCAGAUCCGGUACAUCUCUCAGACUCAGGGCUUGCCGGCCGAACAGCUGCUCAACAAGGGGACCAAGACCUCUCGCUUCUUCUCCAAAGAAUCUGACUCUCCGUACGCCUCCUGGAGACUAAAAACGACAGAAGAGCACGAGAAGGAGACGGGACUUAAAUCCAAAGAGGCCAGAAAGUACAUCUUCAGCUGUCUGGAGGACAUAGCACACGUGAACUUGGUGCUGACUCCUGAUAACAGCGACAUGCAGGCAGAGAAAGCAGACAGACGGGAGUUUGUGUCUCUGCUGAAGAGCAUGCUGCUGAUCGACGCCGAGAACAGAACUGUUCCCUCCAGCGUCCUCAGCCACCCCUUCCUCACCAUGACCCACCUGCUGGAUUAUCCCCACAGCAACCACGUGCAGUCGUCGUUCCGCAUCAUGGACAUGUGCCACACUCGGCCCAGCAACGCAGUCUUCGACGCCCUGAACCAGAACACCAUUCACUUCUCCAGACCUCCCGUUGCCCCCGCCGCCUCCUCGGGCCUCCCUCUGGGCUACAGCAACAUACCGGUCCACACCCAGGCUCUAACCCAGUCGGCCCCCUCAGUGUUGCAUCCUGGGAUAGCGCUAACAACAGGAAACGGUCAGUUUGGCUGCAGCGACUCGUUUCCACCGGCCCUCCUCCUCUGUCCUCCUGCCAUGCAAGGUAACCUCAAUCAACCAGCAGGGUAUUCGGUUCCCAUGGUAACUCAGGCCCCUCCCAUACAGCCUCUACCGGUGAGGCCAGGCGUGAUCACUCAGCAGGCCUGGUCCAGUCGGGGGCAGCAGCUCCUCGUCCCGGCGGCCUGGCAGCCGAUGACUCCCGUGGGUCCUCCUCCAUCCCACCCGCCUCCCCCGCCUCCAUCCUCCCUCAGCGGCGACACGGCGGCCGGCCCACAGAGGAUCAGCGACUGGGGGAAAGUGCGUUCCCACAGCGGCCAUUACAACGCAGUGAUGCAGCAGCCCCUCCUGACCAAUCAGAUGCCAGCCCUGUCUGCUCAUCAGCCAAUCAACAUCGGCAUAGCUCAUGUUGUGUGGCCUCAGCCGGCCAAUAAGAGGAACCGACACGGUCACAACAGGAACCUGUCCCACACCAGCAACGUCCACAUAUCAGCCUGCCGCACGCCCAAAAUGGCCGACGUCGUUGGCCAGGCGGUGGCAGGACAGGAGGAGCCUCGGAGGACGGCGCCUCUGGUGGAGACCAGGCGGCCGGAGGUCCGGAACACAGACGAGGAGGAGGAGGACGGCGAGGAGGAGGUGAGCUGCUUCAAAGACGUGGUUCCCAGCGGGAGUCUGUCCAGGCAGCAGCAGCAGAGAGACGUGGCGGUCCUGAUGGGCGACACGCCGAGUCCAGCCGCCAGCGUCAUCAGCAUCAGGAGCGACCUGACCGAGGACGAGAGGGAGGAUGAAGACCCUCAGAGGUGCCGUCUGAACGAGUGUAAGGAGGAGUGUGUGUGUGAGGCCUGCAGAAACACCAGCGUGUCCAUGGAGAGGGUUUGUUCCCUCAGCAGCCCCGACAGCAGCCUCAGCACCAGCUCAUUCGCCUCCAACUCGCUGCAGUCCAGCCCUUCAGUGUCGCCCUGCAAGAGACCCAACAGCAUGUCUGAGGACGACGGCCAUGAAAGCGGCUGCGACACGGUGGAAGGCUCGCCCACGUCCGACACGUCCACGUCCCCGCGUGGCAACAGCUCCUACCGUUACCUCGACAACGGCAACCACAACAACCGGCCGCCGCUGGCCGCCAUGGUGGCGCCGCUGCCUUCGCCCAGCCUGCAGGGCCGGAGCCACGGCGGCAUCAGGACCAUGGUGGUUCCUCCCAUGAGGGUCCAGAACAACAACACUCAGGGCAGCGAGGAGCGAGUCCAGAGAACCGCCUCAGAGUCCUGGUCCCGGUCCAAAGGGCGCUGCAGCCUCGUUGGUCAGCAGAACACUCCCUCCUCCGUCCCCCUCCUCCCAUCCGGCCCUCACCUGUCCAGGCAGCAGAAGGUGACGGCGGGCCAGCAGCAGCAGCAUCCUCUGGGCUUUGGACAGGUGCAGCCGUACGUUUCCAACCUCGGCAACAAAGAGUGGAACGGCAACUACGGCCCCCUUCGUCCUCACGCCUUCAUCCCCCCCACGGUCCACACCUUCACCCACCUCCCCCACAGCAGCCCCACCCACAGCCAGGCCGCCCCCCACACCCUGCUCUCCUACCCCAGCGGGCCGCUCGCCUCCGCCCACCACCCCCACCCCAUCCUGCCCUCCCGCCCGCCGCCUCCCCCCCUCCUCCAGCACGGCUACGGUCUGUCCCACCCCCAGGGCGGCGCCAUAGUCCACCAGGUGACGCUGGGCCUCGGCGCUCCCCCGCCUCACCCCCACCACCCGCACAGGCUCCUCCCCUCGCCCACCAUCCACCCCCACCACCACCAGCCCGGCUACGCCCACCACCCGCACCAGUUCAAGCCGCCGUUCCCGCCGCCGCCGCCUCACCCCUACAUGGCGUCCCCCGCCGCCUACACCGGCUUCCCUCUGAGCCCCACCAAGCUGGGCCACCACCCCCAGUUCUCGUACAUCUGAGGCGGCAGCAGCAGCUCCUCCUGGUGGGGAAGUGGACGGGCGGCGGGACGUGGUCUGGAAGAGCUGCCGGCCGAGCUCAGAGCGGACUCCUGUGACGACGACGAGGAGGAAGAAGAAGAAAGACGGCGGAUGGAGAAAGAUGCUUCAAGGACGGAUAAAUAAACGGUCGCACCACGAUGAGAUUUCCCUUAAGCGUGCGUCGCGUUCCCUCCUUUAUUUUUAUUGGUUGUUGUGUUUUUCCCGGCUGGAGGCUGGAGAUCUUCGCCCCCCUUUCCCUUUAUCUCCGUCGCCUUGUCGCUCGGAUCUGUGGGUUUGAAGCCAUCCCUCCCAAACGCACCAUUUCACCGUCUCUUGUUUCAGGCAGCCUUCUCUCUUUUGUUGUUUUUUUUUGCUCCUGCCGCCUCCUAGUGCCUUAAAGGAAAAAAAAAAAACCUCCUUCAGGAACUUUAUAGAUUGUAAAUUUAUAAAAGAAAAGCGGGGCUUGGAGCACUUAAACCUUCGGGCUCAGCGCUGAUCACAAACACGAGGCUUGAUUCUGGAUUUCCUUUUAGCUAGAGGCUGCACAUAUAUAGGGCUUUGACUGAAUGAGCUUUUUAUGUACAUGUAUAAAAGAAAAGAGUGAUUUGAUAUUUUGAUAAUCGAUUUCUAUUCACUAUAGUACUUAAUUCAUAACAGUAUUGUCACUGUUUACUGUAACUGCAAUACAAUCUAGAUAGACUCUGGGUUGCUGUGUUUUUAUCAUUAUUAUUAUUAUUAUUAUUAUUAUUAUGCAUUUAGGCAUUAAUUAGACUUUGGGAGUGGCUUAAUUAGAGGUAAUUCUUUUUGUGUUUUUAAGCUUGUCAGUGUUUGAAUAACCUAUCCACUUACAGUAUCAUUGCUGGGCUGUAACUGUUUUUCUUUUUUGUCCGCGUAUUGAAGCCCGUUGUCAGUUUUGAUACAUUCCUUCAGGGUUUGGGUGCAUAGCCUUGAUUUUUAUUAUUUCUGAUUCUGGCGUGUUUUUGUCGUUUCGUUUUACUCCAAUCAGCACCAAAGACUGUUCGUUAAUCAUUUCUCAAAGCAUCGGUCGGCGAUAUUUCUCCCUUUUUAAAGACAAACGCGCAAAAAAACUCGGAUGAGGUUUUAUUUUUCUGAGCUGUGUUCGACAUAAAACACACAAAAAAACACGUAUUUGGAAUGUAUAGAUGAUAAUAAGCUGCUAUGUACUGAUUAUCCGCCACCUGGUAGCUGUGAAUCUAGAGGAUUAAUGUCAUCCUAGCCUGCGUUCUCUCUUUUUUUUUUGUGAUGACAGAAGUGGGUUUUGUUCUGAUCCUAGAGUAUAUUGAUGCUAGUGCCUCUGUAUAUUGGCUUUGUUGUUUAUUUGAAGUGAUUGUAAACUGCUGUAAUGGAAGUUUUACUCUUUUUUUUAAUUAUUAUUUUGUUGUUUUUUCCUUUUCGUGCGUGGUUAUUUAGCAUCAGUAUUUCAAACGUAGGCUGGGUUCGCUCUUUAAAUUGCUGUUUUUUUGGGUUUUCCGUUGUCGGACUGUAUUUUACCCGCGACUCUUCGUACUGUACAACUCUUAGUGCCUUCCUUCCAACAAGUGGCUGACGGACGAUUCGUAGACUAGCUUCUAAACAAAAAACCCCAAAGUUAGUUGUUUGUUUGUUUGGAGUCUGUAAACAGUCUUGUUUUCUUCUAACAGAAUCCUAAGAAAGUACAAGUCAGGGAAGGUUUUCUCAGCAGGAACGCCGUGCAGUGCUCAUAAAAGCGAAACGUAGGGCCUGGUUCCACACAAAUGCAAAGCUUUAUUCUCACUCGGUGAAUGUAUUUGUGCAUCUGGAGACGCCUCACGGCGUUUUUCUCGUGUUUUCUACGCAGCUAUUACCGCAGGCAGACACGGUGUUUGAGUCAGAAAUGCUUUACCUUCAGCUCCAAAGUCGUCCCACCUUAACCUGCUUAUCGUAUUACAUCAUAAUGGGGUUUUUUUGCUGUCGCUUGGGUGUGUUUUGUGUAAUUAUGCUACUGUGUUGAUGACUUUGGAACGAGAGGACGCACCGUUUGAGUUAGAGGAGAUGGUUUUUGUUCUAACCCUGUGGUGUGCAGCCUCUCCAUGUGUCCGUUUGUUUGUGUCGGCUCAGAACAGACGAUGAGACGAAAGAAAAGGAUCCGUUCUGUCGCCUCAGUCCAGAGGGGUGGGAUCCGAAGCGAGGUUAGCGGGUUACAGAGGUAUGUAGAGCCUUAAAGACAGAGCUUUUAGUGUCGCAAAGAUGCUAAACCACCGUUUUAACUCAUGCUAACCUGCUCUAGAGGACAUUUAAGAUUGGAGUUUUGGAUUUAAAUCAGCUGUAAGAAGCUCCACAAUUAACAUCUGCAAGUAUACUGAGUGACUGUACGGAGAAAACACACAAAUAUGCUGCCGAGUUUAUAUAGUAAGACGAUGUGAUUUAAACCUCUAUUUCAUUUUAGGAUUGAAAGUGUUGGAGUAUUUCCAGUUUUUCACCUUUAAUGUGCAGCUGUCAGUUAGAAAUGAACCUAAAACCAGAGUUUUAAAGCUGAUAAAUCACCGUUUUAAGUGAUGCUGCACAGCUAACCUGCUCUAGAGGGGGUUUUAGUUUAGAGUUUUGGAUUUAAAUCAGCUGUAAGAAGAUUCAAUUCAUCAUCAAUUAAUAUCUGCAAGUAUAUGAAGUGACUGUAUGCAGAAAAUGCUGUCAAACUUAGGUCUGAUUUGGCUAAAAAAAAUGAAGUAAUUCCAACGUCCCCUUCGUUUUGGGACAGUUUUAGGCUGCAAAUGUUGAAAAACACUCAAGAAAAAUAUAAACCAACACUUUUGUUUUUGCUCCUGUUUUUUAUGAGAUGAACUCAAAGAUCUAAAACUUUUUCCACAAACACAAAAUCACCAUUUCUCUCAAAUAUUGUUCACAAAUCUGUCUAAAUCUGUGACAGUGAGCACUUCUCCUUUGCUGAGAUAAUCCAUCCCACCUCACAGGUGUGCCAUAUCAAGAUGCUGAUUAGACACCAUGAUUAGAGCACAGGUGUGCCUCAGACUGCCCACAAUAAAAGGACACUCUGAAAGGGGCAGUUUUAUCACACAGCACAAUGAUUUAAGGGAGUGUGCAGUUUGCAUGCAUUUUGUGGAACAAUUUCACCUUGAUUUGACCAAAAAUGAAUUAAUUUCAACCCGUUUCAUUUUAGGACAGUUACUGACAAAAAAGCAGAAAACCUAUAAAUAUGCUUUAAAACUUUAAUAUAUUACUGCCAAGUUAAUUUCACGCUGCUUUUUGUGCAGCUAAUGUAGCAACAGAGAAGAAAAAUAUGGUUCAGUACACAGAAAAUUUAAUGAGAAUCAGAGUUUUCUCUUUGAUUUGAGCAGAAACUACAGUGAUUUUUUUUUUUUACAUUUCCUCCAUUUUGAAACAGUUUUAAGCUAAAAAAUAUUGGCUUUAAUGUUCAAAUAUUUAAAGUUUAACACCUUUAUUGUGAAGCUAAUAGAACACAUACUAGAAAAAAAAGGUGUUUAUCAAAGAGAAUAUUCAAUUAAAACCAUUAAUUUCACUUUAUUUGUCAAAAAAAGUGAACAAAAUUCAUAUUUCCUUCAUUUGGGGACAGUUUCUGGCUAAAAAUGUUGAUUUUAAUGUUAAAAUAUUUAAAAUUUAACAACUCGGAAAUAAGACACACUAUUAGAUCAGUAAUAUUUCUCCUUCUUGCCGUAAUAAAUGUUUUAUUUUCUGUUAUAACAACCUGUUCCUAUUGGCUACAGUAGUCGGCACACAACUGCUGUCAAAAUUUGUGCAAAAAUGAUCCAAAAUGACAGAAAAUCAGUUGAAAAUGAAAUAAAAAUUGUCUUAAAUUGCUUGAAAAUGAUGCAGAAUUUUCUUGAAAUUGUCUAAAAUUUCUAAAAACGUGUUCAGAAUGACACAAACAUUCUUGAAGAAUACUAAAAAAUACGUAGAAACGGCUAAAAAAGAUUGCCAAAAGCAUCUUUUUUUUUUCUGUGAGCGUGCUCUGAGUGUAAUAAAGAAAACUUGGUUAGCAAAGAAUGCUAAUAACCACGUCAAGAUUGAUUUAUUCAGGUUUUGUUAAUCCGGCUAACUCUAGAAAAGCCUGACUUAGUUAAACUCGCUUCGUAUUUCAUCCCUCUGGAGCUAGAAGCAGCACAUGGAGCCUCAAACAGCAGGUCUGAGGACUCAGAUUUCUAAAAAAUAUGAUUUAAAAAAUGGAUUUUCUGCAUUAUUUGGCCUCAAACUGCUAUAAACUCCACCAAAUGACGAGGGUGGACGUCUCAUUCGUGUCCUGAGCUGCUGAACAAAAACAAACGACUCCUAGCACUUGGACUAAUCAUUCUUCUCCUCAUCGGGUGGUUGUAUUUAGACUGGUAGAAAACGGCUAAAUUUGAACCUGUUACUGUUCUGUGUAGAUCUGUGUGGCUUUCCGAUUUCAUUUUGUUGAUUCUUUUUUUUUAAAUGCUACACUAGUCGGACAUGUAGCGACUGCACUGUGCAAUAUAACGACAAUAUACGAGGACUGGGAAGAUGAUCUGGGGUUCGUAACGAUGUGUGUCCCCCCUACUUUUAGUUCUCAGCGAGUUUCUAUGUGACCGAGCCUCGUGCACUUCGUCACAAAAAGCGGGUUUCCUCCUCGGUGACUCUUAUUGGUGAGUGUCAAAUUAUGAAUCCAUGGUUGUAACUAUGUCAAGAUUCACUUUGAAUUAAAAAAAAAACGACAAAAAAAAAUCUCUCGCUUCAAGAA